AACCCGAUCCAGGAAGCGAACCGGGAGUGGAAGAUGUCGGGUGGAAUGGACGAGCGAUCGGGGACGACGGCGGUCGACGGUGAGGAGGACGAUCUGCUUCUCCAGCUACGCCGCCUCGAGAUUUCCGACAACGCCAAGGGUUUUGUCGAGCUACUAUCUCAGCUCAGCACUGCCACCGCCCCCCUCUCCGACGCGGACUUCCGCGCCCGCUUCGCUGACCUCGCCGCCCUCGGUGACGACCACCUCAUCGUCGUCGCCGAGGACCGCCAGGCCGGCCGGAUCGUCGCUACCGGCAGCGUCUUUAUUGAGCGCAAGUUCCUCCACGGUGGCGGCAAGGUCGGCCACAUCGAGGACGUCGUCGUCGACGCCGCCGCCCGCCGCCGCCGCCUUGGGCAGCGGGUGGUUCGUUACCUUUCGAACCACGCGAAGGCCGCUGGCUGCUACAAGGUCAUCCUCGAUUGCACGCCCGAUCUGAGGUCGUUCUACGAGAAGUGCGGGUUCACAGAGAAGACCAUCCAGAUGGCCCUCUACUUCUGAUCGAUGAACGAACCCAUCGUCUACUUCGUUUCUUAGGUAAACCCAGAUCCAUUUGCUUUACUGUUUAGUUGAGUUGUGCUGCUUCCGCUUACCUGUUGGGUGCAUGAUUCUGGACAUGCCCGUCAAAUUUUCUUGAAAUGUUGCAAUAAUUCGAAAUGUUCCCUUGCUUGAAAAAUGUGAGACAAUUUGAUUCGGAGGAUGUGCAAACUGAGGUCUAGAACCAGCUUGCUAUUCAUGUAAACUUGCCAACGAGUGUGGGUGGAAGAUCUUGGUUCUUUAAGCAAUCAACAGGAUCGUCUUCGACA